GUGUAGGGAAGCGCCGCCGAGCGGGAGCUCUGCCGGCCGCGCCGCAGCGUCCGUCAUCAUCACACCCAGUCACCACCAGCCAGCCGGCCCAGCGUCUAGACCUAAUGCAGCCUGCAUCAGGGUCCCCUGUCUCGAUAGGACCCUCCUUUCGAGGAUCGAAGGGGGUUGCAACAGCACUUGGAUCAAACAAGCUCUUGCAUCUGCAUGGUAAACUAGUAUCGGCAGGAAACCUCCUUCAUGCUCUCUCUGAAAGGGCCGUUCAAAUAGGACUCAGGAGAUCCAAGACAUAUUCUUGAGAUCGCCCCGUCCAAACCGAUGAUGUUCGGUGGACCUCCAAAUCUGCUCUUGAAACUCCAUUAUAACUCCGAAAUAUGACAGAUACAUGCCACAGAGGCGCGGUUGUGGGCCCGAGAUCACCAUCCAACGAGAAAGUGAAGUGACCCUGAACUGCGCCUUCUUAGGAGCCGGAACGCUAUCGAGCUGCUGUAUCUAGGUAGUGUACAUGCACGACCUAGGCUAGCAGCAAGCCCUGACCAGGGGCCAGCCGUCCCCUUGGGGGGGUGGCUGGCGUCGCGAUUUCGCUCAUUAGUGGUAGCCAGAAAUACGGUAGCUAAAGCUGAGAAAGGCUGCGGGUAUCGACUUGCGUGAUCGAUCGUGGUGGGGAAGCCCGAUAACGAUGUCGCUAUAUGAGAGGCGGGCCCAGGAAUCGGGCCCACUGGGAUGGCUUGGCCUUAAU